AGAAACUUUUAGAGGCAGAGUAACACCCAUAUUAAAGAGUGAAAGAAGGAGUGUGUAUUAGCAAAGAGUGAUUCCUCCCAGGCAAAGCUACACCUCCUCGCCAAGCAGCUAAACCACUCAUGACUGCAAAGACUUGCUGAUACUACGUGUAUCCAGGAUGAAGAUUUGUCGAUACAAGAUACAGAACUGGUUCCUGUUGGCUUUUUUAGUGGUCACAGUUCAUCUCAUCAGUCAUGUUCAGGGUCAAGUUGCUCCACCAACAAGACUAAGAUAUAAUUUAGUCACUCAUGACAGUGUACAGAUUUCAUGGAAAGCCCCUAAAGGGAAAUUUACUGGAUUUAAGCUUCUUGUUACUCCAAGUUCAGGUGGAAAAACCAAUCAACUAACUCUUCAAAACAGUGCUACCAAAGCAAUUGUUCAAGGUCUUAUUCCAGAUCAAAGCUAUGCAGUUCAGAUUAUUACAUACAAUAAAGACCAAGAGAGCAAGCCAGCACAAGGGCAGUUCAGAAUUAAAGAUCUAGAAAGAAAGAAGGAAACAUCAAGUAAAUCCAAGGUCAAGGGUACGGAAGAUACAGGUGGGAGUAAACCAUCUCCAUCUACAGAAGAAAAUCAGUUUACAUGUAAAACUCCAGCAAUCGCAGACAUUGUGAUCCUGAUAGAUGGUUCCUGGAGUAUUGGAAGAUUCAACUUCAGACUUGUCCGGCUUUUCCUGGAAAAUCUGGUUGGUGCCUUCAAUGUGGGUUCUGAGAAAACAAGAGUAGGUCUUGCUCAGUACAGUGGGGAUCCCCGAAUUGAAUGGCAUCUAAAUGCCUUUAGCACAAAGGAUGCUGUUUUGGAUGCAGUCCGUAAUCUGCCAUAUAAGGGAGGGAAUACAUUAACAGGUCUUGCCUUAACUUUUAUUUUGGAGAACAGCUUUAAGCCUGAAGCAGGUGCAAGACUCAAUGUGUCCAAAAUUGGUAUAUUGGUCACAGAUGGAAAAUCCCAAGAUGAUGUCAUCCCACCUGCUAAAAAUCUGCGUGAUGCUGGUGUUGAAUUAUUUGCUAUUGGUGUGAAGAAUGCAGAUAUAAAUGAACUCAAAGAGAUUGCCUCUGAACCAGAUAGUACUCAUGUCUACAAUGUUGCUGACUUUAACUUUAUGCACACCAUUGUAGAAGGUCUUACAAGAACAGUGUGCUCAAGAGUGGAGGAACAGGAAAAGGAAAUCAAAGGAACAUUUAUUGCCACUCUUGGAGCUCCUACAGAUUUGGUCACAUCUGAGGUAACAGCCAAAGGAUUCCGUGUUAGCUGGACCCAUGCACCGGGCAAGGUGGAAAAAUACAGAGUUGUGUACUAUCCUACUAGAGGAGGCCAACCAGAAGAGGUAGUGGUGGAUGGAAGUGUAUCAACAGCAGUUCUGAAAAACCUGAUGUCUCUAACUGAAUAUCAGAUAGCUGUGUUUGCUAUAUAUAUAAGUGCUGCAAGUGAGGGCCUCCGUGGUACUGAAACCACACUUGCUUUGCCUACAGCAUCAAAUCUACAGUUGUAUAAUGUGUCACAGAGCAGGAUGAAAGCAAAGUGGAAUGGAGUAGCGGGUGCCACUGGUUACAUGAUCCUAUAUGCUCCCCUUACAGAGGGACAGGCAGCAGAUGAAAAGGAGAUGAAAAUUGGAGAGGCCUUGACAGAUAUUGAACUGGAUGGAUUAUUGCCUAACACAGAAUAUACAGUCACAGUUUAUGCGAUGUUUGGAGAAGAAGCUAGUGACCCCCUGACAGGACAAGAAACAACAUUGCCUUUAAGUCCACCCAGGAACUUGAGAUUUUCAGACAUUGGACACAGCACUUCCAGGAUAACAUGGGAUCCUGCUUCCGAAAAAAUAAAUGGUUAUCGUAUUAUGUAUGUUAAAACUGAUGGGACAGAAACCAAUGAAGUGGAAGUUGAUCGCAUUUCAACAUACACCCUGAAAAGGCUGACAUCCCUUACAGAAUAUACUGUUGCCAUUUUUUCCCUCUAUGAUGAAGGACAGUCUGAGCCGCUGACUGGCAGUUUUUCUACAAAAAAAGUUCCAGCCCCACAGUAUUUGGAAAUAGAUGAAGCAUCAACAGAUACUUUUAGAGUCAAUUGGAAGCCCAUCUCCUCUGAUAUUGCUCAUUACAGAUUGGCAUGGACCCCACUGAAUGGGGGUGCAUCUGAAGAGGUUGUCUUAGAUGGAGACAAGGACACGCAUGUUGUUGAGGGAUUGUUAUCCAAUACAGGGUAUGAAGUUUCGUUGCUGGCAGUUUACAGUGAUAAAAGUGAAAGUGAUGCUGUUGCUGUUCUUGGAACUACACUUGCAAGGACCACUACAGUAUCUACCAGCCUUGCUACUAGCAGUACUGCAACCUCCAGACCCACAACCGCAGUUUUCCGAACAGGAAUCAAAAACCUUGUUAUAGAUGAUGAAACCACAUCAAGCUUGAGAGUGACAUGGGACAUUUCAGACUACAACGUUCACCAGUUCAGAGUGACCUACCUUACCAGUAAAGGUGAUCGUGCUGAGGAAGUGGUGAUGGUACCUGGAAGACAAAACAAUCUUCUUCUUCAGCCUCUCCUCUCAGAUACUGUAUACAAAGUUACUGUCACUCCAAUCUAUUCUGAUGGGGAAGGAGUCAGUGUCUCAGCUCCUGGAAAAACCUUGCCUCUUUCUGCCCCCAGAAAUUUGAGGGUCUCAGAUGAGUGGUACAACCGAUUACGUAUUAGCUGGAAUGCCCCUCCGUCACCAACAAUGGGCUACAGGAUUGUCUACAAACCUAUCAAUAUCCCUGGACCAGCACUAGAGACCUUUGUGGGAGAUGAUAUUAACACCAUUCUCAUUCUAAAUCUGUUCAGUGGAACUGAGUAUAGUGUUAAAGUAUUUGCUUCGUACUCAACAGGCUUCAGUGAUGCCCUAGCAGGCACAGCCAAAACAUUGUACUUGGGCGUGACAAAUCUGGAUACAUAUCAAGUGCGCAUGACUAGUGUUUGUGCCCAGUGGCAGCUUCACAGUCAUGCCCCUGCAUACAGGAUAGUGAUAGAAUCUCUUGUCGAUGGGAAAAAGAAAGAAGUAACCCUUGGUGGAGAGACACCUAGACAUUGCUUCUUUGAGCUCAUGCCUGGCACUGAAUAUAAAAUCAGUGUCUAUGCCCAGCUUCAUGAGAUAGAAGGCCCUGGAGUAAGCAUCAUGGAAACUACAUUACCAUUUCCGACUCAACCACCGACUUCACCUUCAACAACAGCUCCACCACCUACAAUCCCUCCUGCAAAAGAAGUUUGCAAAGCUGCCAAGGCUGACCUGGUGUUCCUAGUGGAUGGAUCAUGGAGUAUUGGAGAUGAUAAUUUCAAUAAAAUUAUUGGAUUCCUGUAUAGCACUGUUGGAGCUCUAGACAGAAUUGGUCCUGAUGGAACUCAGGUUGCAAUAGCUCAGUUCAGUGAUGAUCCCAGAACAGAAUUUAAACUGAAUGUGUACAAAACAAAAGAGACUCUUCUUGAAGCCAUUCAGCAAAUAGCGUACAAAGGAGGAAACACCAAAACAGGCAAAGCAAUUAAGCAUGCACAGGAGGCCUUGUUUACCACUGACUCGGGAAUAAGGAGGGGUAUCCCUAAGGUUUUGGUGGUCAUUACUGAUGGGCGAUCACAGGAUGAUGUGAACAAAGUCUCCAGAGAGAUGCAACUAGAUGGUUUCAGCAUUUUUGCUAUUGGUGUGGCGGGUGCAGAUUAUUCAGAAUUAGUUAACAUUGGCAGCAAGCCUAGUGAAAGACAUGUCUUCUUUGUGGAUGAUUUUGAUGCCUUUAAGAAGAUUGAAGAUGAGCUGAUCACUUUUGUCUGUGAAACUGCAUCAGCAACCUGCCCAUUGGUUUAUAAGGAUGGCAACAGUUUAGCAGGAUUUAAAAUGAUGGAAAUGUUUGGUUUGGUUGAAAAGGAGUUUUCAACAGUGGAAGGAGUAUCUAUGGAGCCUGGUACUUUUAAUACUUAUCCAUGUUACAGACUGCAUAAAGAUGCCUUGGUUUCCCAGCCUACCAAAUACUUGCACCCUGAGGGGCUGCCUUCAGACUACACCAUUACUUUUCUCUUCCGUAUACUCCCUGACACACCCCAGGAGCCAUUUGCUCUGUGGGAGAUUUUAAAUGAAAAAUAUGAGCCACUUGUUGGAGUUAUUUUGGACAAUGAUGGUAAAACUCUGAUUUUCUUUAAUUAUGACUACAAAGGAGAUUUUCAAACUGUUACUUUUGAAGGCUCUGAAAUAAAGAAAAUAUUCUAUGGAAGUUUCCAUAAGUUGCAUGUUGUUAUCAGCAAGACUACAGCCAAAAUUAUUAUUGACUGCAAGCAAGUGAGCGAGAAGACAAUUAAUGCAGCAGGGAAUAUUACUUCUGAUGGGAUAGAAGUGCUAGGAAGAAUGGUCAGAUCCCGAGGACAAAGGGACAACUCUGCACCAUUCCAGUUACAGAUGUUUGACAUUGUUUGUACCACCUCCUGGGCCAAUAGAGACAAAUGCUGUGAACUUCCUGCCUUGAGAGAUGAGGAAAGUUGCCCAUCUCUUCCUCAUUCUUGCUCCUGUUCUGAAUUUAGCAAAGGACCACUCGGACCUCCUGGACCACCGGGUGGUCCAGGUGUCAGAGGCCCAAAGGGUCUUCGUGGUGAUCAAGGUCCAAAGGGCCUAGAUGGACCUCGUGGUGAAGUUGGUGCUCCAGGACCCCAAGGACAUCCAGGACCCCAAGGGCCAAGUGGACUUUCUAUUCAAGGGCUUCCAGGAACACCAGGUGAAAAAGGAGAGAAGGGUGAUCGUGGUCUCCCUGGUCAGCAGGGUGUCCCAGGAGCAUCAGGAUCACCAGGACGGGAUGGAACUCAAGGUCAAAGGGGUCUGCCUGGCAAAGAUGGACCCACAGGGCCCCAAGGUCCUCCUGGGCCAGUGGGAAUACCUGGAGCUCCUGGUGUUCCAGGGGUUAUGGGAAACACUGGGCCACAAGGUGGUGUUGGACCCCCUGGUGCUCCUGGUGCAAAGGGGGAAAGGGGUGAACGGGGUGACAUUCAGUCCCAGGCAAUGGUUCGUGCGGUUGCUCGUCAAGUGUGUGAACAGCUCAUCCAAGGUCACAUGGCCAGAUAUAAUUCAAUUCUGAACCAGAUUCCAAGUCAGUCUGUCUCAGCACGAACUAUUCCAGGACCUCCUGGUGAGCCAGGUCGACCAGGAUCUCCUGGGUCACAGGGAGAACAAGGAGCACCAGGAAGACCUGGAUUUCCAGGCAAUCCUGGGCAGCCAGGAAGACCAGGAGAAAGAGGUUUACCAGGCGAGAAAGGAGAAAGAGGCAACCCGGGUGUUGGAACACAAGGUCCCAGAGGCCCACCAGGGCCUGCAGGACCUUCUGGUGAAAGUCGAACUGGCAGCCCAGGGCCACCAGGAUCCCCAGGCCAACGAGGCCCACCUGGUCAUACAGGUGUUCCUGGUCCACAGGGUCCUUCUGGCCAACCUGGCUACUGUGAUCCUUCUUCUUGUGCUGGGUAUGAUGUGGGAGGUGGAUACGGUGACACAACUGAUCAAGACAUCCCCGUAGUUCAAUUGCCACAUAACUCCUACCAAAUCUAUGACCCAGAGGAACUUUAUGAUGGUGAGCAACAGCAGUAUAUAGUUCAUGGGUCCUACCCCCAACCAGCCCAAUAUCCCCAGUCCUCCUAUCCAGAACCUCAUCUUGCUCAACCAGAGUUUACUCCUGUUCAGGAAGAGAUGGAUGCCAUCGAAGUGAGAUCUCCUGGAAUUAGUCGUUUCAGAAGGCAAAUAUCAAAAAGAAGUGUGAAUGCUCCAAUACGCAAGAGGGAAAUUAAAAAAAACACUUAAGGAACUGUUAAAAGGGAAAAUUUAUGUGCAUAUAGGUGUAGACUUGUGUCUAGUUGCCUAAAUUAUCAUCAUGGAAAAUGGUUACAGGCUCAUAUGUUAAAGGGAAAAAAAUUGUACACAACCACCUCAACAGAACAAAUAAUGGUAAUUAUGUUGCAUGCCAGAAACUAUUAGUAUUUUAGUGGGUUGGUGCUAGAAGAUUAAAAGGUCAUUUAUAGACUUUUGAGACUCUUGUGUACUGUUUGACACAUUAUUCAAACUGUAUCUAAAAAAAAAAAAGCAUCACAAUAGCUGGUGUAAUUAAGACAAUUCAGAAAAGUUAAUUUAGUACUAUCUUGCUCUCCAUGUUUCUCCAUAUGAUUUAUUCUAGUAAUAUUUUGAUAAAUUGCUUUCGUAGCAGAGUAACCUUACUAAAUUAAUAGAAUAUCAGGGUUGGAAGGGACCUCGCCACUGAAGAGACUGCAUAUUCAGUAGGUUUCCUUAUACCUGGCUGUUACAUCCUUUCACAAAGAAGUCUUAUGUUAAUUGGAUUUUUUUACAGUAUCUAUUCAAAAUACACAAAGUUCUAUGGGAACAUGCUGAUAAUUUAUUGUGAACUUAUUUCAAUUGUUUUGUAUGGAAAUAAAGGUUGCAAACUUUUAUAAGUCAACAUUCCAUUUUGUUGAUUUUAGCUCCAAAUAUUUGGACUAAACUUCAGAUGGCAGCAUGUAAAGGCA